GGUGACGAGGCCGAGGCCGGGCCAGCGGGAUGAGCGCAUCUGAGGUGGAGGCGGCGGUGGGCCGGCGGUACCGGCUCCGGCGGCGGCUGGGCCAGGGGGCGUAUGGAAUAGUGUGGAAAGCAAUCGAUCGACAGACCGGGGAGGUGGUGGCAGUGAAGAAAAUCUUUGAUGCCUUCAGAAACCGGACAGAUGCUCAGAGGACCUUCCGAGAAAUUUUGUUCCUUCAGGAGUUUGGAAAUCAUGUCAACGUGAUCAAACUGCUCAAUGUCAUCCGAGCAGCAAACGACAAAGACAUCUACUUGGUCUUUGAGUUCAUGGAGACGGACCUGCAUGCUGUGAUAAGGAAGGGGAACCUCCUGAAAGACAUUCACAUCCGCUACAUCCUUUACCAGCUGCUGAAGGCCACCAAGUUCAUCCACUCGGGAAACGUCAUUCACCGGGAUCAGAAGCCUUCCAACAUCCUCCUGGAUGCCGACUGCUUUGUGAAACUGUGUGACUUUGGUCUGGCUCGCUGCAUCAAUCAGAUACAGGAGGAUGAGGGGAACCCUGCGCUGACAGAGUACGUGGCCACACGAUGGUAUCGAGCUCCAGAAAUCCUCCUCGCUUCUCCCAGGUACACCAAGGGCGUGGAUAUGUGGAGUGUUGGCUGUAUUUUAGGGGAGAUGCUGCUCGGGAAACCGCUCUUUCCAGGAACGUCAUCCAUAAACCAAAUUGAAAGAAUCAUGAGUGUCAUUCCAGCCCCCUCCAACGAAGACAUCCAGUCCAUUAACUCCGAUUACGGCGCUUCUGUAGUCCACAAGAUUUUGACCAGGCCCAGGACCUCCAUCGACCAACUCCUGCCGACCACCACGCCCCCAGAUGCCCUGGAUCUCCUGAGCAAGCUACUCGUCUUCAACCCCGAUCAUCGGCUCACUGCCCAGCAGGCACUUCAACACCCCUACCUCAGCAGGUUCCACAGCCCCGGUCGGGAGGUGAGUCUGGGCUAUGAUGUGGUGCUGCCCGUGGACGAUGACACACAGCUGUCAGUGGCUGAGUAUCGCAACACCUUGUACCAGAUGAUACUGGAGAAGAAGACAAACUCCCACCUGCAGGGGCAGCUGAUGAAGGGGCUGGAGCGGGGUCCGGAGCCAGUGCGGGAGCCAGUGCGGGAGCCAGUGCGGGAGCCGGAGCCGGAGCGGGGACCGGUGGAACCGGAGGUGGGCUUGGAGCCCAGGGGGACGGACUCGCCCUGUCCCUGCAGCCCGGCUGUGGAUGUCACCAGGGGAGCAGCACAUGAGGACAUGGUGACAAACGUCGCCUACAACCCCAUAACACACAGCCCAGUAACGUACGCAGCCCCUCCCAACGAGGUGUUUGGAAGGAAACACACCCAGUGUCACGGCACCACCCACCAUCACUGGGCAUCGCCAGUGGGCAGGGCAGGCCGUGUGCAGGGAGGGCACGAACUCUGCACAACACAGCAACAGCCUCAGGACAGACAACACAGCAAGGCCGCCCCGUUUCAGCCUGAGUUAGAGGGAGGGUAGGGCUGGUGCCCCCAGGGCUCGGUCUCUAUCCCACCCCCAUCGAGCACCGCUCUUCAAACCUCCCCGCAAGGAAGGAGACCACGCAGC